AUGGCGGAGCUUGGGACGCAGAAGGUCGCGGUAGCGGGACUCGCGAGGAGGCUGCUUCAGCGGCCGCCGGCCGGGACCGGCCGAACGUGGCGCAUGACGCUCAAAGUCACGGUCCCCGUGCCCCUCUACCUCCAGCACGCGGUGCUCGCCCAGGAUGUUGGCAGCGUCGCGGAGCUGCUCGAGGCGGUCGCCAUGGGCGGCCUCGAGGAGCUCGGCCUCAGCCGAGUCGUGCAGCGGCUUCUGUGCCGCUGCCUGCCGGAGCUGAGGAGCCGCGGCGCAGCUGAUGCGGCUUUGGACUCCUUUGCCUCUUUGGCUGACAUCCGCCGCGGCGGAGCUGGGAGUGGCUCUGCUGGCGAGGAGCGCGGCGGCGGGGCAGCGGCUGGCGGCGAGGGCCGCGGCGGCGCGCGCCCCCAAGAGGCGGACGGCGGUGCCUGCGACGCGCAGGCCGCAGAAGGCGAGGAUGGGCGGCCCUGCUCGGCGGAGGAGGCGGAGGAGGAGGCUCGCCGUCGGGGCUGGUCGGCGCGCGAGGCGGCUGUCGUGAUGGAGUGCCGCCUCAUCGAAGCGGGCGGUGGGGGGCGGUGCAGCGCUUGCUGGCUGGAGCUCGAUGCGAUUGCGGCGCGGCUGCGUCGCUACCUCGGCGAUUCUGACCCGGGCGCUUACUCCAUCGACUUCUUCUUAUCGAGGCCGGAGGGCUUCGGCGCGCGCGGGGCGGCCGCGGAGGCGGCGUUUAGGCGGCUCUCGGUCGAGGAGCGCGACGAGGUGGUCGCGGCGCUCGUGGCGGAGUUCAAGGCGGGGGAGCGGGAGGGAUUGCGUUGCUGGGACGCUGGGCGCGGUUCUGUUUGCGGUGUCCCAUUCCCGGGGUGGGAGGAUUGGGUGAGGGAGGGGCGGGUCCUCCUCGUUGAGUGGGACCUGCAGGCGUUGUAA